CGGCAGGUUCGCUGCCCGCGGCUCGGAGUCUGCGCGGUGCUGGCGCUGCGAGCGGGGCGCGGAGGCCGGGCCCAGGCAGCUGCACGGAUGCCGUCUGAUAGCCUGGAGCCUCGGGGGGACGUGCCAGCUCUAGCCGGCUUAUCCUAGGAGCGUCUUUGACACACUGAGCUGCAGAUGGCCUUGAAAUCUCACUGACAGGCGAAAGGGAAAUUGAGUCACACCAAAGCGGCCUCCUGCCCUGGUACCUGCCCCUGCACGCCCGCUCUACGAGCCAUGGAGGCCACCGACGUGCCGGUGGGGAACCUCAUUGACUUUGAUUCCGAGCCCCCUGCCUCUGUCCCCGCUGAGUCCCCUCCCUCGCCCCCUCAACCCUCCAGCGGCAAUGAGUUACUGGCGGACCUGGGGGAUCCAGUGGCUGUAGGAGAGGAGAGCGACACCACGGAGUCGGCCGACAGUGAGAAUGACAUGGGGGAUUCGCCCAGCCAUCACAGCUGGAACAACUACCGUCGCUCCUCGUCCAAUGAGUCCUUCUCGUCCAACCAGAGCACGGAGUCAGCCAAGGACGAGGUGAUGGUGGAGCGCCGGGAGUUCAUGAGGCAGUACGUGGAGAAGAUCUUCAGUGGGGGGGAGGACCUGGACCAAGAAGAGAAGGCCAAGUUUGGGGAGCUGUGCAGCGGAGAGAACGGAAAAGGCAGGGAGUGGUUUGCAAGAUACGUCAGUGCUCAGCGUUGUAACUCCAAGUGCGUCUCGGAGCAGACUUUCUAUCGGCUGGUGCAGUCCUUCGCGGUGGUGCUGUUCGAGUGUCACCAGAUGGAUGACUUUGGUCCUGCCAAAAAUCUAAUGACCAUGUGUUUCACUUACUAUCACAUCGGUAAAGCCCAGGCGCUGCCCUCAGAGGCUAAGGAGAAGCCCAUGGGGAGCAUCGACUCGUACCUGAAGUCGGCAAACAGCUGGCUGGCUGAGAAGAAAGACAUUGCCGAGCGACUCUUGAAGAACACGUCAGCGAAGACUGAGAAUGUGAAGGGCUUCUUCGGGGGGCUGGAAACCAAGCUCAAGGGACCCACGGGCAAGAAAAGCGAGGAAGGGGAAGACAAACCGAAGGAGAAGCUGCAGAAGACAGUUUCCUUGUACAGCCCCGAGGAGGAGGAGGAGGAGAAGAAGGGAGAGAAGAUCUAUUUAUAUAUGCACCUGAAGCAGCAGCCUAUCUGGCACACCCUGAGAUUUUGGAACGCAGCCUUUUUUGAUGCUGUCCAUUGCGAGAGGAGGAAGAGAUCUCCCACCACCAGAGGGAACACUGGAGAGGAAGAGGAAAAGAGGUGUGUCUGUCCGCAUCAUUACUUUGUUGCAUUUUUACAGUAGCAUUGACUCACUUCAGGUCCAAACUUUGCCACCAUGGUAAAAUGUCUCGGAUGCAGGCUGGGCUCAGAAAUACCACCUGCUCAAAUGAGAAAUGGGCACAAAUUCAGAUCUGGCUCCACCUUCAGGAAAUGGGGAUAGUGCUAUCGGUGAGACUAGAAGAAAACUGGAAGCAAUUAUAUUCAUAAUCCUUCGAUCUGGUGGAUUUUAAAACAAAACUUAAUCACAGGCCGCUGCAUUGAGGUCUCUCGGUAAUGAACUAGCUCCGUGAUGGAUAGAGCAGUUGAUGGUUUGUACUUCUGUUCUCUUGUGCCACUUCACACACUGGCAGCUGUGCGAUGCUCCAGUUUCAUGGGCAGUUUUUGGACACAAACUGAGUCUCCUAGCAUACAGGGGGGAAUGUCAUUCUAUCCUCUCUUCCUUAUUUUAUUUUUUCCUUUGCUACUGACUCUGUGAAAUGGUGUGGUCUGGUGAGCAUUGCUUUUUUCGCGUUCAGUUCCUGACUCCUGUGCGGUGCUGAAUCAAGGUAUAUUCAAUCCCCUGCCUUAGUGCGUUUCCAACGCUGCUGUUGCUUUAGGUUGUGAAGAUGUUUUGCCAGUUUGCAAUCUUGCCUUCUUAUUUAUUUAUUUUUCUUUAAAUCGUGGCUUAUGUUUAAAAAAAAAAAAGUGCCCAUGAGGGGAAGCUAGCAGGUUGCGUUGAGAGUUAUGUUCUUGAGCUUUACAAGUUCAAGAAACGAUCUACUGGGGAUCAGAGUCAAGAACAAACUGGAAUUUGGGGCUGGGGAAAGAUUCUUUGGUUUAAAAAAAAAUUUUAGAUCUUGAUGUCUGAUCCUGGAACAAAUCAUUUUAAGUGACAACAAACAAAGCCUACCUGAAAAAGGACUGUUUGGAGCUCACAGAUAAGUUCUUGAAAGCGCAGCUGAUGUCUGUUAGGGAAGGAAAUCGACUCAAUUUGUGUAAGCAGAGCACUGCUCAAUUAGUUGCCUGGUGUGAAAUUUACUCGUGCACGGGGCCUAGACUAAAUGGGACUUAAUUGAUGCAAGGGCCUUGUACAUCUCUGCAUGCAGAGGGGGUGAAUUUCAACCCUCGUGCAUCACAAAUCACACUGCUGACCAGAAUUGGACGUGUACCUGCUCAAACCUGGAGUUCUCUGUAGUCCAACAUCCUGAGCUUGCUGGUGCGUUGCCCUGCUGAGGAGCUAGAAUUUUAGAAGCUCAUUUUGCAGAAAUAUCCUUUCCCUAGUACAUUGUAAAUAAUAGUCAAAGCUUUAAUCCACGUGCUCGUCUAAUAGGGAUAGUGAAGAAACAAAUUGAUCGCUACAGUGGCCUUUUGUGCCAGUAUAAAGAUCCAGGUAUUUAAGUAGAGACAUAUUUUUUUUCCUUUGCAAACACGUUAUUUCUGAAUAACAGACCUAGAAGCAUCAUGAAUCUCCCUUGGUCACUUUGAUCUUGUUUUCUCUCAGCAAGAAUAUACGAAGAGAGCAGAAAAACCUAAAUACGCUUCCUCUGUAACUGGGACAGUGAGAUCUGUAAAGUUCUGCUUCCAGCGUUUAAAGCACCUUGCUGAUUUUCUUUCCCCGCCUUGGCAGCCUUCAGAUUUAGUGCAUAUAUUGGUUGCUAUAGUGAACCUGAUCCUGACAGACUUUGUGCUUUUAAACAUAUGCCUAAACUUUCUAGUAUGGCACAGAAUUUGGCCACACAGACUCCACUGAAGCAGCUAAAUCCCUUGCAGCUUCUAGGUCCAAUCUUGCAAAGCUGUCUAACAAAAACUGAACAUACGAGGAAGGGCUUGCUGGAUUGGGCCCUACAUGGGAGCAAUCUGAGAGAACUAGGGCUGUUCACCAGUCCCAGCAGGAAUUAACACUUGUUCUAGUUAGGGUUACACUAUGGAAUUUGCUGAGAAGAUACCCUAGUGCCACCAUCUAUUUCCAGUUGAAGCAGCACCUCCAACUCCAGUUAGGUGCAGGCGAGUUAAACAUGCAGUGGAAGUUCGUGUGCUGUUCCUUUUAUUCUCCUUUUGCCACUCCUCUGUUGUUUCUUCUUCCUGUUCCUUUUUCCUUCCCUUUUCUUUAUCCUCUUCUGAACCUUGUACAUAACCCCCCACCGGAUUUCUGUUCAGUAGAGGGCUGUCUGAAACCCUGACCUCUAGUCUUCCCCAUGUGCAUGUAUUAAAUGAGUGUAAUGAACAUACCUAGAAUGACUUGUGUCCUGGCAUGAUAGUGGCUUUGUGAAAGACCCCCUAGUAAAACAUCUGUAUGGGGAGCCCCACAAUCUCCUCCGGUUUUAGUUUUGAUUGCACACAGUAACCUUUCAUGGGCAAUAUGUGAGAGGGAGCGUACAAAAAAGUUGCUGGCUAUGACCGAAAUUACAAUAGGCUGAUUUAGUUUCAUGGUCAAACAUGCAUCUAGCUCCUGGGAAUAAUGUAGUGUUCACUGAUAAUGAAAUGCUCGGCAAGAACACAAAUGCUGUGUGUAUUCUAGGUGAUUGCAUCUGUCAAUCCACUCGGUUUUUCUCAGUGCUCCUCACUAAUGAGAGGAGGGAGUGGAUGCAGACUUGUUGGGUAAAGAGCUCAAAAUACAGUCCAAAAGGUGCUGAGCUGCCGGUGCUGUUGGGGAUCAUCUGCCACGGCGCUUGCACUUCAGAGUAUUAAUUAUUUCAAGGCUUUUGUCAGUUCCCCCAAAUGGGAAUUCAACAAACGUAGAUCCCGUUUUCAAGGUUUACUAUUUUGAAAGUGAAGUUGCAGUGGCAAUAAACUUCAGUGACCUUGCUAGACCUCCGGAGGCAAGUUGAGACCGUAUCCUCUAGCUCAAAAUAUUCCUCGGAGAAUGCAGGCUGCAUGGCUAGCAUUGUGUACUGAGCCCUCCAUACUCCUCAAGGGGAGGACUGUUGUCUCAUUUCAAACUCCCUCGAAUCAAACUCCGUUGAUUCGUCAGCUCCCAGUCCACAAAGCCUGUCGGACCUCGCUCACAAUGGCCCGGUGUGACACGCCAUGGAGCCUAAUCUGGAGCACAGCAUAGUAAUUAAGGUAGUUGCCUGAGUCGUGUGACUGCAGCCCAUGGAAAAGGAGGCAUAACCGACGCCUUUUCCCUUGGUUUUUUGUUAUCCAGGAGUCCAGAUCUCUCUGCAUCUUAUUUUUUAGGAGGUGGGGUGAACCUUGACUGAGUCCUGGUCUAAGCCCAUGUCUCUGCUACAGCAGCACAGCCAUGGCAUGGGAGCUGUGCCGCUAGAGUGUAGACACUUCCCACGUCCAUGGUAGUGUUUUUUUCCCCUCCGCGAGAGGUGGUAGCUACAUCGACCCAGCUGCGUCAGCAGCGGGGGUUAAGGCAAACUAGCUUUGAUGCACAGGACGUGAAAUUUUUCACAGCCCCGAGCGAGGUAGCUGGGUGGAUCUAAUUUUUAGAAGCCGACCAGGCCUAAACACAGAUGUUACACUCCUUUAAAUAAAUCCAUUAAGCCCCUCCAUCGCCUUUAGUUAAACUAGCGCAGGCUGAUAUGUAAACUGAGCCUGAGACGUGGGUGAAUACUUUACCUUCAUGCUACUGCCUUCAGGGACUGCUGCUUCCAGACGGCGAACCCCCAGCACCCACCCCCAGUAACUGGCAUUAAAGGCAGAUUUCAGAGCUGCGUGUGGAAGGCACAUGCUGAUGUGUCCCUGCUGUCAAGCUCUCCCUUUUGUCAUCGGCGUAGGGACUCGUUUUCGUGUACAGUAAAGCAAGGCACUGCAGAUUUCCCUCACCACUGCAGUGUCUGCCAGCUCCAGCCUAGGGACGGCUCAGCCGUUUGCCCAGAAGAGAGAGAGCAGGGCAUGGAGGCAGGUGUUCUGCACCUGUUCUCUCCUCCAGGCUGCCUUGAUAUAUUCUUCAUCAGCUCCACAGUUCCUACAAGCCUGCUGCUGGGUCUUGGCAGCCAGCAGGGUUUGGAUGGAUGUGAAGGUGGGGAGGGGAGGCUGCACGGGGACUUCCUGCUACAAGAUCUGUUCCUGUGG